UCCUCUCGGAGUCGACCCCUCUAAUCUUACGCAGUCUCCAGCACCUCCAAUGAAUACUUUAAAAUAUUUUUUUAAAAAGACGGUCUGGCUACCCAGUCUAGACUGGCUUUGAACUCACGAUACGUUUGCCUCUGCUGUUCCUGAGCGUGGGCUACCCAGCUCAGCUCAUAAAUGCUCCCCCCCGCCCUCCACCCCCGUGGACUGGAGCUGUGUCUUACGAAGUGGGAGCAGGGAGGGGGCUUGGGGAUCAGAGAAGUCGCUGGGGAGAGAAGACAGGAACCCAGUGGGGUUCUUUUCACAGAGUAGAAAGAGGGAGAUACUUCAGGAUGGAGAGAAAGCUAGGAGUAGUCAACAAGAACAUGCCAGAUGUCAGAGAAAACGGCCUUUAGACUGGGGAGUUGUAUGUGGGUGUGGUGCUGUGUCCAGUUUUUGGACUAGUACAAAAACAGAGUUGUGAAACUUUGGGGGAACUUGCUUAACCUCAUCCCAAGAAGACAAUAGUUCCCACCUUAUAGAGUUGUGAGGGUUGGAGAUGAUGUGUGCAAAGCGCUCGGCACAUCAAUAACUAGUAUAAGUGGGCGUUUUCCCUACAAAUAUUCCUCUUCCUUUCCCAGUAACAUUUUUUUUUUUUUGUAUCAGUAUAUGGUGGCUUUUGCCAUUUGAGUUCUCUAGGAUCCUUGAUAAGCUUUCCAAACCCUUAGUACCCAUCCAAUGCCCCCACUUCCCUUGGUACCUUCCAACUGGACACAAACUCAUCCCUAAAAUAUGCAGAUGGCAGCCUUGGUAACCAUGGAGACAGGGCAGGUGGCACGGAGAGGCAGAGGCAGCGAGAGCAACAGAUAGGAAGAGACAAGGAGUGAUUCAGGCAGGGACCUUCAAGCGAGACAGAGUAAGGAGAUGUAAAGAGAGCACCGUGUAACAAGGGUUCAGUCAUUUCUCUGCCCCUUUCCUCUCUCGUAUAGAGACACUGCUUAAAAUAUGGGGGGGAAAGGAAUCUGAGAAUGCCCCUUGCGCUAGAAAUGCCCUGGGAGGGCCACCUUCCUCAUUCCUAAAGGACCCAUGGGACCUGAGAUCCAAGUGUCUCUGUGGUGUGUGAUGUUGAGCGAGGAGCAGCGGGGGGCACACUGCUGUCUGGUUCCAGGCUAUGCUCUUGAUAUUUCAACUAUGGGAAGGGAGCCACAUCUCCUGCCUCUCUCUGAUCUGUGUGGACGCCGCUGCAGAUCCCAACCGCCUCCCUACACCCCUCUGCACAGUGUGCCAUAUGCCGUGUGUGGCAGUCAGGUCUGGCAUACUGGAUAUCAUGGAGAUCUGCUCAAGCUCUACGAAGAAUCAGAAUCGGGAUGGUUCCUGAAUGGGUCGCCGGCGAGUCCCCUAAGGAGCGUUUAGGGAUAGGCUUUACCACCAAGACCUCAGGCCUCUCCCAACCACCACCCCCACACUCCUAGCCAUCUUCGUCAGGUCCCAUUCCCGGCUCCAUCCAUCGGUGCUUUCGCCCGGCGGUAGCUAUGCUGCACACCGAGGGCCACGCUCUUCUUCGGGCGGUGGGUCAGGGUAAGCUCCGCUUGGCCCGUUUGCUUCUGGAGGGAGGAGCCUACGUGAAUGAGGGUGAUGCCCAAGGGGAGACUGCGCUAAUGGCGGCCUGCAGGGCCCGCUACGACGACCCCCAGAACAAGGCGCGUAUGGUACGCUACCUCCUGGAGCAAGGCGCGGACCCCAACAUCGCAGACCGCUUAGGACGCACGGCGCUCAUGCACGCUUGCGCCGGGGGUGGGGGAGCCGCAGUGGCCUCUCUGCUCCUGGCCCACGGCGCAGACCCCUCAGUCCGAGAUCACGCCGGCGCUUCGGCGCUGGUCCACGCCCUGGACCGCGGGGACCGCGAGACCCUUGCCACGCUGCUGGACGCCUGCAAGGCCAAGGGCACGGAGGUCAUCAUCAUAACCACGGAUACCUCGCCCUCGGGCACCAAGAAGACCAGGCAGUAUCUCAACUCCCCACCGUCCCCGGGGGUAGAGGACCCUGCACCGGCGGCUCCUCCUAGCCCAGGGGUCUGCACGUCGCCUUCGGAAGUCCAACUGCAGACUGCAGGAGGAGGACGGGGGUUGUUGUCCCCUCGCGCCCAGGAAGAAGAGGAGAAGAGAGACAUAUUUGAAUUCCCUCUCCCUAAGCCCCCUGAUGACCCUUCCCCUUCCGAGCCUCUCCCCAAGCCGCCUCGACACCCUCCAAAGCCACUCAAAAGGCUCAACUCCGAGCCCUGGGGCCUUGUGGCUCCCCCUCAGCCGGUCCCCCCCGCCGAAGGGAGACCGGGGAUGGAGCGCCUGGCCGCGGAAUUCAACGGCCUGACCCUGACCGGCAGACCGCGUCUUUCUCGGCGUCACAGCACCGAAGGCCCGGAGGACCCGCCUCCGUGGGCGGAGAAAGUGACGGGCGGGGGUCCCCUCUCGCGCCGAAACACAGCGCCCGAGACUCAGGAGUCUGGUCUGCCUUCGGGGCUACGGCAAAAACUGAGCCGCAUGGAGCCGGUGGAGCUCGAGAGCCCCGGACAUUUUUGCCCGGACUCGCCCGAGGCCAGCCGCUUGUCCCUGGAGCGCCGGCGAUACAGCGCCUCUCCGCUGACCCUCCCUCCCGCGGGCUCAAUCUCUUCCCCGCGCCAGUCCCAAGAAAGCCUGCCCGGGGCUGUGUCCCCGCUGAGCGGGCGGAGGCGGAGUCCCGGGCUGCUGGAGCGGAGGGGCUCCGGGACCUUGCUCCUGGACCACAUCUCGCAAACGCGACCCGGUUUCUUGCCUCCUCUCAACGUCAGCCCCCACCCUCCCAUCCCCGACAUUCGCCCCCAAGCCGGAGGUCGGGCACCCUCACUGCCCGCCCCUCCUGGGGCGCCAGGGUCUCCCAGGACCAAGCGCAAGUUGGUGAGACGCCACUCCAUGCAGACUGAGCAGAUUCGCCUGCUAGGGGGUUUCCAGAGUCUAGGCGGGCCAGGGGAACCGGGGCGCUGAGAGAAGUCAGAGAAGGCACCGAGGAGGGGGAAGGGUCAGGACCCCGAUGGCAGGAGAACCAGCUGAUACCUCUGACACGGGAUCUCUUGCAUGUGCUCACGGCACUGUGCACGCACACAUGGGUAAGCAUGUGUCCACAAGCACAGUACACUUACUAGCGAGGAGGGAUACAUACUGUGUUUACUGGGCGUAUAGACCCACGCAUUCGUGCCCUGGUCAUUUCACCACACGCACACGGGAUCACUUGGGUACCCAGAGGCACAGCACACCAACAAACAAGAGGACCACUUGUGCUAGGGUCCCAGGCUCCCUGGCCUUUGUUCAGAAGCAGCAGGGAGCCCCCACUUGAGGCUGGUCUCCUGGAUCUUUGCUCUCCUGAAAAAGCAAUCCCUUGCUUUCUAUGUAUGCCCGGAGACGUGGCCUAUCAUACUCUCGAUUACUCUACUUUCUCUUCACGAGUAUCUCCCCCCGUUCUGCAGGUCUUGCUUCUCCAUGCCUGGCUCCUUGCUCACACCCGGCUUCCAUCCGCUUUUCAGGAUGUCUUCUUCUCUUUUCUGAGGCUCCAGCAGCAGCUCCCGGUCUCGGUUCUGUUGCUGCCUCUCAUGCCCUCAACUUCCGGCUUUUUCUUCCCACCUGCACCCCCCACCCACCCAACACACACUGCUAGGGAGCGUCUUGUCGACCCCAGGGGGUGGGUCAUGGGCUCUAAGUUGCUCUUCUGUGUGUCUGAGCUUAUGAACACCCCUACAGGUAGAAGUGGGGAGGAAGCCCGAGUCAGUCCCCUUACCACUUGACAUGUCAAAUAAAUGUGUUCCGAAGUCUC